CGCCCUGACACAAUGACAACACGCGCAGUGGAAUGCUGGUGGAAGAAAUGCAGUGGAGCAAUUUGACUGUCCGAACCGGGUCGUUUGUUUUUCAAGCGGUGCAAUUAAUGAAUUAAUAUACAGAUCAAACAGCGCUUAUGAGUGCGGUUUGCUGGAAAUGAAAACACAGCAGCUCCAAUGAACAAGCCCAAGUAGGACGGAGUGAAGGCAGGAUACAAAGCCGAGCAGGAGAAGAGAGGACUCGGACAGUCAAGCAUGCACGCACAACUUAACGCUUAUUAUUCGUGAAAAAUACAAACUGCGGAAAAAUACAUCAGGAACCUGGGUUAAGGAUUAGAAGUGUGGAGUGUGUCAGAGCCGAGAGAAAAAAGACUGAAGAGAAUUUGAGGCCGCCGGACAAGAGUGCCUCGAGCACCAGCGCUCCCCCGCCUGUGGCUGCGACUCGUUCUUCACAACAUUCCCAAUGCGACCAUGGGAAAUAGCUGUGAAUAGGCGGCCGCCAACAGCCCCCUUAAACCAGAGGAGCUUCAUCGGAGGUCCCUGCAGCGCCCCCGUGCAGCUCAGGAGAAGUCCUCCAGCGCGCUGGCAGUGGGGGCAGCGAGACAGAGCGGCUGUGCACGCGUCCCCGCGGCAGGAUGACGCUUUUCCCCACGCCGCGUUCCCUCAGCAGCAGCAGCAACAGCAGCACCAGGCUGUUCCUGUAGAGGAGGCGAGGCAGUACAGCCAAGCGGGCGUGCCGCCCCGCAUGCUCCAUCCUUCCGCCCACCCACCGCAGCAGACCUCCAUCAUGGUGGACCUUCAUGAACAGAUGCACCAAGGAUCUGUUCCGAUAUCUUACACAGUUACCACGGUGACGACCCACGGCUUUCCCAUGCACACGGGGCAGCCGCUCCCGGCGUGCAACGCACAGCAGCUCCCAGCAUGCUCGCUCAUCCAGGCGUGCACGAUGCACCACUUACCCGUGUCUUACCAGGCCUUUCCUCCUCUGAUCUCCAGCGAGCAUUUCCUCCUGCACCCGAGUCCUCCAGUGGCGCCGCAUCAGCCCCCGGCACUGGCGCCCCUCAGCCAUUUCAUCCCCCUGCAGCCCCAGCACCCCCGCAUGCCUCUGCAAAGAGUGGAGAACGAGGUGGACCUGAGAGGAGAGCAGCAUCAUUUGGGAACUUUCUCGUACCCUGCGGCUCAUCACCCACCAGCAGCCAUGCCCCCCUCCGUGCCCCUGCAGUACCACCUGCCCCAGGAGCCCCUCCACCAGGAGCUGCCUUUUGCGGUGCCAUAUCCACACAUGCUGCCCAGGCGUGGGAGUGGCCAAAGGUAUCGCUUACAGCAGCCGCUGCCUCCUCCACCCCCUCCUCCGCCCUAUUACCCCGGCUUCCUCCCUUACUUCCUCUCGAUGCUUCCUGUGCCUCCGACUGCUGUGGGUCCCGCUAUCAGCUUGGACCUGGACGUGGACGAUGUCGAGAUGGAGAACUACGAGGCGUUACUGAACCUCGCGGAAAGACUCGGCGAGGCUAAACCUCGAGGCCUGACGAAAGCCGACAUCGAACAGCUCCCGUCCUACAGGUUCAACUCCGAGAAACACCAAUCGGAACAGACUCUGUGUGUCGUGUGCUUCAGUGAUUUCGAGUCAAGGCAGCUACUUCGAGUAUUACCCUGUAAUCAUGAGUUUCACGCCAAGUGCGUGGACAAGUGGUUAAAGACGAACCGCACGUGUCCGAUCUGCCGCGCGGACGCUUCCGAAGUUCACCGUGACGUGGAGUGAAUCUGGGCCUUCGUCCUUCACUGGAUAACAGCACAAACCUUUGGCGUGUGUGGUGGGAGCGGGCACACACACAUACAUACACAAACACACGUAGUACAUGCGCGCACCACCCAACCCUGUGCCCUCCAGCAAAACAUAGAAGCAUCUCUGACACACUCCAGCCGCCCCUCCCCCCUUCUUCUUCCCCUAUACAUUCAACCAAUAAGCAAUCUUGGAAUAUGUACGGAUUGUGUUCGACCUCCGCUGUGCUUCUCAUGCAAGCUACUGCCUCCUCUGAGCCCGGCAAACUUCCCACGAACCCCGAUUCGAGUUUCUUUUCCUGCUCUUAUUCCUUUUUUUGCCGAUUCCAAAGAUUAACGUGUGUGGUGUUGGCAUCAGUUUACACAGUUGAAUGUUCUCUCGCCGUUCGCUUACGAAUAAUCCAAGCUGUGUUUUAGUGGUGUUAAGGGAAGACGGGGAGGGGGUUCGAGGACGUUACUCAAGCGGGUAAUGAGAAAAAACAAGGCAACCAAGGGGUUUAAAAAAAAAAAAAAAAAAAAAUUUGCCUGAUCAUUAGCUGCAUGUUUGUAUAGGUGAUGGGCUGAAGUGACUUGUUAAUAAUGUAUGUUUCGCAAUAAUGUAUUGAUGAUUUCAAUAGCUCCUAUCCCAGCUUUGCUAAUGUGAGCGUGAACGGCAGUGGCUCCAAGUCUUUGAGCUAAUGAAGAAGAAAAAAACAAAACAAAAACCCCACACACACAAGUACUGCAAACUAAACAGGAUGAAUGUGCGUGUACGUCUGCUCCUGGGCCUCAUCGCUGUGGAGUUUUGCACUGUUGCUGCACUGGAAAGGUCACAAGGAUGAGGACCUUGUCACGACCUGUGACCUCUGGCCACCUCCUAACCUGGCUGUAGGCUACUGCUCGGGGAAGCCCUCCUCUCUUCUCCUCCAUCCUUCAGUAUGUUCAGUCUGUUCUGGAUGGCUUCUCACGGACUGUUCUUUUAGGUUAGCAAUACUUUUGACUCGACGAGCUUCUUGCUGCAUUUCACGCGCAGGUUCAGCAGGACAGCAGCGAAGGGAAUUUUCGCUUCCACCUGAUGUCCAAAAAUACUGACUUUGGAAAAGGUGCAGUCCCAUUUGCAGAAAGCAAUAUGUGCAAUGAGUGUCUGUCCUGAGUGAAUCUUUUUUUUGUUUUGGGUUUUUUUUUUUUUUUUUGGAGGACCGGGCUUUUCCUCAUCUGUGAGCCAAAUCUUCAAUAAUUCAAUACUUUCCAAGGAUACAGCUCUGCCUUCUUCAAGAUGUUGACAAGCACAAACUAAUCCUAAAAAAAAAAAAGUAGACUCAGUAGUCAGUUUAACUUGUUUUAGAUUUUUAAAACUGGUGUUAUUUAUUGGCUUUAUCUUCUGGAUUGAGGGGCAGAGCACUAGCACGGUCACGGUAGCAAUGUGAAGUGAUGUAAACGAUUACGCAUUUGUACGCAUAGCAUCGAAUUGCCGUCUUGUAUUGAGACAAACGAAUGUGGAAAAACGCCCCAUCGCGCGUCGUCGACUCUGCUUGUGUGUGCCAGCUGACUGUAGUGAUUUCCACAAUUCAACGAAAAGGUCGUUCUUAGAAAUGCACUGUACAACCUGCUCAGCUCUUGGUUCGCUCUGCAUUGAAUCCCAAAAAAAAAGGGGAAAAAAAAAAAGACAGGGAUGAAAUGUCGAAGUAGGGUGUUUUUUGCUACGCUAAUUAUAGGACACAAAUAUAUAUGAUAUAAUAUAAAUAUAUAUAUCUAUAUAUAUAUAUUCUUGCUUCCUUAAUUGUGUACACGAGUAGCAGUUUGAAUCAGACUCGCUUUCUGGGUAAAGGGACAUCGCCAUGAUUUUAGCAUGCGAGUCUGGAUACUGAUGCUCACCAGGUUCAAAAACAAAAAAAAACAAAAAAAAGCCAUUGUGAUGAAUUUAAACCACACUUUUGAUAUUAACGUGUAUACAUAUCCGUUCACUGGCAUAUAUUUUGAAAAAAAGAAAAAAAAAGAAAAAAAUAAACUCUCAGGGCCUCUAAGUUAACUUAAAAUGAAAGGAAAACAGGCGGUGGGGAGGAGGGUAUUGAAAAUGUCUCAGUUUUCCUCAGGCCGUGCAUAUUUUACGUGUAAUCCUUUUUAAUGGUAUUUAUGAUUAUUGUUAUGAUUUAUUAUUACACCAGUGAAAGACCGGCAUGCAAAGAAAUAAGAGGGGGGUGGUGGAGAAAGGGAGAAAAAAAAAAAAGGUAACAUGUGUUUUCGUACUUAGAACUCGUGAUCCUGUUUGAGGUGGAAAAAAAAUUGAUGGAGUAAAAAAAAAAAAAAGUGGCCAAGCGCAUUAUCCUACCAGAAUCACUUCCAAAUAUUACGUGUUUUGCAUGGGGUGGGAGGAAAAUAAAGAGAUGAGGGAGAAAAACAAACAAAAAAAAAAAAACCAAACCCCUGCAUUUUUUUAAUUUCAGUGAAAUAUAUACGUGUGGGCGACUUUACAGAUAAUCGUGCACAGUAUGCAUGCGUGUCUUAACCAGAUCCUGGCUGGUUUUCUCCUUCGUUCUGAUUUUUUAAAAUUAUUAUUAUUUUUAAGUUCUAGUUGGCUUCGGGUUCCGGGGAUUUCCGGCUCAGCUGAAAACUGCCAUGCGUCGUACUGCACAGAACCGAGCGAUUACCGAGCGAGCGAGACGUUAUAAGAAACGCUCAUCAUAAAGAGCACGCUUGGCUUGGUGUAGACAGUGAAGGCCGUGCUUUUUUUGGCUCUCGAUCACAUUCGUGCUUGUGCUGUUGCCUCAGCGACUGAAACUGACUUUGCCUGGAAAAACUCGAUCACUGAAAGCCAUAUAGUGAAACGGUGCUAGAUGUCUGUCGCUCCAUUCACAUUACGGGAAUGCAAUAGUGUGUGCUACGACUAUGACUUUCACGUACUCUUUAUAGCAUGCCGUGCUAGUAGUGCCCCUGAAACGGUCAGUUAUAGUUAUAGUCACGUUCAAUAGGGGUUUCCGACUGAGAAUCUUUUAACUGUUAAGCGCGUGACGCCGCGCGAUCACAUCAAGUGCAUCUGCCUUAAAUCUAAAAGCGUGUAUUAAAAGGGGACUCAAAAAGCGUUCGUCUUGCUCUCACCAAAACUUAAUAUGUACCUGCCAUAGGGUCUUUUACCUUGAACAAGCACUAUCUAAAUGUUACAGUUAAAAAAAAAAAAAAAAAAGAACUCAGCUGCCAUAUACAUAAGCAUUUUAGCUCGAGGGAGGGAGGAACGGAAGGAGUGAUGGCUGUUUAUACUGUACUCUUAUUUAGAUUUAUAAGCAAAUUUUCACAAUAAUGAUUCCUUGAACCUCAGUGUUACCUGUACUGAAAAGAAAAAAAAAAAAACCUACACGUACAAAUACAUAGAAUCUUGUAGUCUUUCUGUGAUCUGAUUAAUAAAUAAUCUCACAGCUUGUGUGGUGCAGUUGUGUUCCAAUAAGCAGCUCCGACUCUUUAGGACUUGUUUAGUGAUUUGUUGAUUGCUCCGUAGAUGCCACUGAUUGUUUACCAAAAUAUUUUUUUUUUUUUUGCUGUGGGCUCUUGGAUUGUUUACUGUUCUAAUACUCGCCCUGGCCUGUAGGGGGCGCCGCGUCCACGCUGGAGUCCAACACCACCCUGGGGCCAACAACAGGGCCUGUUCUGUGUUAGGAAGGGGUUUUUUUUUUUUCCUCUGUUUAUUUUUUGCUUUGGUACUUGCACAUUUACAGUUACCUCAUUUUUGCCAUGUUUGUAUUUGGAAGAAAAAAAAAAGCAAAAAAUAAAAAAGCUAAUAUAUAUUAUAUAUAGGAAAUGGUUCUUAAUGCUAUAAUUUUCAUUCCAUUUGAAUCAUAUUGUUUGUAGCAUUUAACAUAUAACUAGGUAUAGUGUAUUAUUAUAUACACGUCUGUAUACUGAUUGAAAUUUUUAAGAUUUGUACUUUUUUUAAAUGAAAGUUGCUAGUUCUGCUUUACCGAGUAGUGCAAUCAUAUUUUUUUUAAUUGUUGUGGCUGAUUUGAGAGGGUUGUUCACUAAUAAAUGUAUGAUGUAUACCAAUACUACGCAGACUAAGUAAUCCAUGCUUUAACAGAUCUUGCACAAUACAGCUGUUUUCCCCAUUACGGUACCUGUCUGAAGCUUUCUUACACUCACCGUCCGACCGUCUUAUUUUGCCUUCACCUUAGCGUUUCUGAUGAACAGAGCAAAUCAAACUGCAAUAGAAAGAUAUACAUGAACAAGUCAUGUGAUGCGAGUAGGAGAAAGCUCACAUCUGUCCUGUUUGUUUUUUAAUCAUCCAGAUUACUUCUUGACUUGAAAAUUAAGCUCAAUCACCACGGCGAUAUUCACACACACUGAUCAUCCCUCAUUGCAGCAUUUAAAACAAGACAUGAGAACACGGCAUUUUGUUCUCACAAUAACGAUACCUGUGUAUGCUUGGAAAUAAAUACUGUAACCUUUAA